AUGAACACAUUCAAGGGAGCCUCAAAGAGCCCAGAGCUUUGGAGUCCAGCUCACCCACAAAGCACCUUCUUGACCAGUGCAGCACCACCAUUUGCACUCAGCCAGCAGGCAACAGACACAGCCCUGAAUGCCAUCCUUAUUGUGGUCAUCAUCAUGGUAUCUCUGGGGUGUACAACAGAGAUAGCCAAGAUCACAAUGCAUCUCAGGAAACCCAAAGGCAUAGCAAUUGCUGUAGUGUCUCAGUAUGGCAUAAUGCCCUUGACAGCAUUUACACUGGGCAAACUCUUCCAGCUGGCCCUACAGUCCCUGGCCAUCCUCAUCUGCAGCUGCUGCUCAGGGGGAAACCUCUCAAAUGUCUUCAAUCUGGCACUGAACAGUGACAUGAAUCUCAGGGAUGGGAUGGUUGUGCUUCUACUAUCACCCAUUGCAAUAAUCAUUCUGUCUGUGGCCAAUGUGGGAAGCAGUAUCAGGGCUGUCACGUCACCAUCUCCCCUCAGAUCUUCUGCAUUGAUACCUUUUGUUGGAUUCCUGCUGGGCUGUGCUCUCUCUGCACUCUUCAAGCUUAACAACCAAUGCAGGCAGACAGCGUGCAUGGCAGCUGGCUGCCAGAAUGUCCAGCUCUGCUCCACUAUCCUCACAGUGGCCUUUGCCAAUGAAAUAAUUGGCCCUCUGUACCUAUUCCCAUUGCUCUACUUGAUAUUCCAGCUUGGAGAGGGCCUCCUGCUCUUCAGGAUCCAUGACAGAGUGAGGAUCACGAAUAGCAAGUACUGCUAUGCCCCUGCAUUUCCAUGA